AGGUUAGAGACCAGCAGCCAUACGAAAACCGUCCAGCCCCAACCGUCUCAACCGGCCUCCUCAAGCCAAAAUUCCAAUUCUGAUAUCUCUCUAGUUUCAAGCACCGCCGAACAUCCGCGCCCUCUCCCUGACUUGGAAAUGGCGACCAACUUCAUUGAAAUCGACAAAAUCAGCAAGUCCCGCGAAUUAACGUCAAACUACACCAUCACACCCACCGACGACCAAAUCAUGUACAAAGCACGCGCCACAGUCGAUCGAAUUCUAAUACUCCAUCCGGCGCGCCAAGAUAGAGGUGAAAUUAUUAAGGCUAUCGAAACGCUUUAUAAUCACUUUCAUUGGAUGUGGAUUGUUGGCGAGGAGAAGGAUGCGAACCUGGAGUUGAGGGUGAAGUUGCUUCAUAGGAUGAGGGUUGUCAUGCAUGGUGAGUUUAUGUCGGGGAUCGACUCUGGAAUUUUUAUCGAUAGACAGAGUGGUGUCGAGUCCUUCAGCGCGACGGCGACGUGCACGGUACACUCUAGAUGGGACGGAAUGCCAUGUCCAGUCACUCCGCAAGCCUUCAUCAACCGCCCCUCUCAAGAGUUACAUAAAGGGCGCCUCUGGAUUCCAGUCCUCAACUAUUUCCUCUUCUUUAUCGCGUUACUUACAUCCAACCCAGAUGAGGUGUCUACCCCUCGUGAGGCAUCCGGCCCCGGAACAUCUCGCUCCACCGUGCCCGCAUCAACCAGCAACACCAGAGCGACAGCUGUUUCCGCGCCCCGCCAUACCCUACUUCCGAUGGCAUUCAGGAUCAUUCCGAUCAAUCGGAUCACCCGCGAAAUCACCCAAAACAGCACCGUCAUCCCCAUCCGCCCACAGAUUGCACUCAAGGCCCGCGAAGUCAUCCAGAAGGCCUUGAUGGAUGGAACUCAGGUUGAGACAAUCGAGAUGGCUCUCACUAAGCUGCUUUCAAACUUUAAUUACCUCUGGGGUUGGGGUCGUUAUAAGGACAAGUGGGUGGGGGUUACCGUUGGGUUGCUUAAUGAGAUGAUGGCUGUCUUGAAGGGUAUGCGACUUCCUUUGCCCCUGCCGGUCGCUAGUAUUGGUGGUCGUAAUUUGAGCCCCGUCUUUACUUGCCUUUGGUCCCUUCAGCGUUUCUAUGACUUUCUCGAAAAGGGGUUCUUAUAUCCAGAUGUUGUUGUUCUCUUCCGUCUUCGAUGUACAUGCACUGCCAAUGUGUUACAGGGGAUCAUGCGCUGUAUUAUAGCGGGCUUCUCUUCGAAUUGUCGGGAUGUUCCCUGCUCUUCCCAUACCCCUGUCCGUCAAUCGGGACCUCGCACUCUCCACUCGCACUCUCCACCGGCACUUGGUGACAUCCUACAGCGCUUAUGCCCGCUAUAA